AAUGUAUGCUGUGAUAUUGGGACGUAUGCCGUUCUCUACUGCAAUGAAAGAUGAAUAUCAUCGGCAAAAACUGUUACAAGCAAUACAAAGAGGUCUUUCAUCUCACCACGAUUUAGAAAUGCAAGCCUGUUCUACCGACUGCAGAAAUUUACUUCGCCAGUUGAUUGAACCGAAACCCGAACUUCGCCUUCCCUUGCACGAAAUUCAAAGGCAUCCAUGGGUAACGAGAAACGGCCGAACAGUCUUUUAUACAUACCGACCCCCGCCAAAAAAUAUGCAUAUGCGUCAGCAAACUAUUGCCGAACUCUCAAUAAUGAUGGGACUCAAGCGCAAGGAAGUGGCUGAAACAGUUAAAGAAAGUAAAGCAGACGAGCUGUCAGCAAUGUUCAACAUGAUUUUAGAUAGGAAACGCCGUGAUCAAGGUGCACUCGAUUUCGAUCAUACCAGACGACCAUUUGGAAAUAAGGGGAGAUCAAGAUCUGGGAGUAGAGAGAGAGCUGUGCCUGCAGUCAGACCGUCGCGCCUGCGUGGCUUAACUAAAUCUUCAAAAGCUCUUUCGCGCUCCAGAGCUGGCUCUGGCGAGAGGGGUAAGGACUUAUAA